AUGCUUCUCAACACCGACCUCUACAGCGAUCCAGAGAUAAUGGGCGAGUUGAAGAGGCGGAUAUUAGAGCUCCAAAACGACAUAGCCGUGGUCGAGGGCUCCCAGCUCGUACAAAGACAGCUCAGUGACCUCAGCCAUUCUCCACAGCUGCAACGUCUAGUAUCUCAUGUCGACAGCAGCCUUCAGUGCCCGAUCAGAGACGGGUUCUACGCCCGGCUGAUGCAGCUAAGCCUCGACGAGCUUGCCUUUGUGUCCAUCAGCUUCCCUGAGAGACGACUCAAGCGUAUUCAGGGCAAUCACAAGGCCUGCAACGCCCGGAUUCAUGCGGCUGCAACAUUUCGUGCUCGCCAUUGCGAAUACAAAGAGAAGUCGCUUCUCCAAGACCUGCGGCCACCUGGCUGUUGCAUUGUUAGACGCGUCUCUGCAAUCAUCGGCCUUGCCCACCAUUUCCUCCAUCCCCGAAGCCCAACACAACAGACCAGCAGCACUGACCCGGACUUUAUACAAGACGUCAUGCUCCCGCCUUCUCUGCCAUACGCUACUGCCUAGCCAGGUCGUGUCGCACCCAACCUCGCCGUUUUUCUCUUGCCGC